AUGUUUUUUUUCGAGGAUCUCUGGCAAGUACUUCUCCAGUACCUCAUCGAAAAAACUCGAUUCUUCUUCUCCGAAAAGGAAUCUUUAUCAAUGACGAACUCAACAUGCGGAGGAGCGGAGUCCGACCUAUGCCGAGACGAAUCCGCGGCGUUCAUUCUCAAAUUCAUAGCCAUGGCGUCAAUUCUCUUAGCAGGUAUGGCAGGAAUAGCUAUUCCUCUCAUCGGUAAACACCGACGCUUUCUCAAAACCGACGGCAACCUCUUCGUCGCUGCCAAGGCUUUUGCUGCUGGCGUGAUUCUCGCCACCGGUUUCGUCCAUAUGCUAUCCGAUGCAACAAAAGCGCUUAACAGUCCUUGCUUACCGGAGUUUCCGUGGUCGAAGUUUCCGUUCACGGGUUUCUUUGCUAUGAUGGCGGCGCUGUUUACGCUUUUGCUUGAUUUUGUUGGUACUCAGUAUUAUGAAAGCAAGCAAGGGGUGAACCGGACGGUGGAGGAGCAAGCGAGGGUGGGGACGUUGGAGGAAGGGAUUGCUGGGAAAGUGUUUGGAGAAGAAGAGAGUGGUGGAAUGCAUAUAGUUGGAAUGCAUGCACAUGCGGCGCAUCAUAGACAUAACCAUGCUCAUGGUAAUGAGGCAUGUGAUGGCCAUGGCAUCGUGAAGGAAGAACAUGGCCAUGCUCACGCUCACGCACUACUCACUGAUGAUGAAGAAACUGACGUACGACACGUCGUCGUUUCGCAGGUGUUGGAGCUUGGGAUAGUAUCACAUUCAGUGAUAAUUGGGUUGUCUCUGGGAGUUUCACAAAGUCCUUGUGCUAUAAGGCCUCUAAUUGCAGCGUUAUCUUUCCAUCAGUUUUUUGAAGGGUUUGCACUUGGAGGGUGCAUAUCCCAAGCUCAAUUCAAGACCUCAUCAGCAACAAUAAUGGCUUGUUUUUUUGCACUGACUACACCUAUUGGUGUUGGCAUUGGGACGGGUAUUGCUUCGGUUUAUAACCCUUACAGUCCUGGUGCACUCAUUGCUGAAGGUAUAUUGGACUCAUUGUCAGCAGGGAUUUUAGUUUAUAUGGCUUUAGUAGACUUGAUAGCAGCUGAUUUUCUUAGUAAAAGAAUGAGUUGUAACUUUAGGUUGCAGUUAGUGUCUUAUUGUAUGCUUUUCCUUGGAGCUGGGUUAAUGUCUUCACUUGCAAUAUGGGCAUGA